AUGUCUGUUUUGUUCCGAGGCCUAAAAAAUGCCUCGAGACAUGCUGUCCAGCCAUCAAAACUGACCGGCGCAAUAGUUGGCUUAAGGCUCAUCAGCAAGACCAGAAGCAAACCCUCCAAACCUUCACAGCUGAUAUAUCCGGAGGCGACCAACAAAGAACAUUCUGAUCUCGCGACAUUUCUAUUAUAUGCUGAACGUACAAGCCUGAACAAAAACUCUACUGUGUAUCGGGGCACACACUACGAAUACACAGUCGCCGACACACUCUCACAGUAUGGCUUCCUCCUCAAGCGCGUUGGGGGCCAUUCGGAUCGAGGCCUGGAUCUCCUAGGCAUAUGGACACUGCCUUCAACACCACAGACGUCGAAGGUGAUAAUCCAGUGCAAAGCAGGUGCUCGGAGCCCAAGCCCCAUGUACAUCCGUGAGCUCAAGGGCGCUAUGGCGGUAGCUCCUCCAGGGUGGCGAGGUACCGACGUUCUGGGGCUACUAGUUGGUGAGAAGCCGGCCACGAAAGGUGUACAGAAAGAGAUGCACUCUGCAGAUGUGGCUCUGGGGUAUGUAUGCUGCACAAAGGAGGGCGAACUGGCGCAGCUGCUGUGGAAUUUGAAAGCUCAGGAAAUGGGGCUGGACGGGCUGUCGGUUGGCGUUAAGUAUGGGGGGAACAAGAGCCAGCUUGUGUUGAUCCGAGGCGGCGAGAUGCUGCCUCUGUUGGAUAAGGUGGAAAUCCAGAAGGACAACGUCGUGGAUGUAUCUGUUAUUGAAGCUGAAGGGGGAGCAGUCUGA